UCGCGGCGUCAGUAUGCGGUCGCGCAUUCCACGCGGGAACACCUGUUUGCUCCGUCGGCGGCGGCUGCAUCGGCUCGCGUGCUACACGAUCGCGCUCAGUUCGCGGGGGAAAAAACGGGAGCGAUAGAAGGAGGGCGAGAGAGAGAAAGAAAGAGAGAGGCGGUUACGCAGAGAGGGAUCUAAUAUCUUCGAUCUCGGAGGGAUAAAAAGAAAAAACAGAGAGAGCACUUAACACACAAUCGUUGCCAAUGCUUUCUCUCUGGGGCCAGAGAUUCAGAGUAGGAAAAGGAGGAGAGGUACAAGAAGAAGGGGGCGACAAAGACAAAGAGAAACAGAGAAAGGACGAAGUCCGCGAGGCUUCCACCACGUGUCCCUCAUUCUUCUCGAUUGUACACGCUAUGUCGCCGCGCAACGGUUCCUGCGUGGCGGAAGUGAGUUCCGUGAGGAGCCUCUCGUCGGACGAUGUUUCGGGAGCCAAGGCGAACCGGAAGAAGUCGUGUUGGGCUCGCGCAACCGAUCCGGCUCACCGUCGCGGCCGACGGAUCCAGUUGCUCCAGAUGCUGGUGCUACCCUUUAUACCGAUCCUCGCCCUGAUCGUGCAGACCGCCAAUACUCUCCACGACAUCCUGAUCUACCGCCAGGAGGUGUCUGACAUAGAGACGCAGGUGACGAUAGCGACGGAUCUGGGCAAAAUGGUCACCAGAAUGCAGCUGGAAAGAUCCGAAGUGGCUUUUUUCAUCUAUACCAACGGCAACACAUUAAGGUCGAACCUGACGCAGAGAUUCGCCAUAACCGACCAGGAUCUCCACAACAUGAGCACGUGGCCGCUGGUGUCUGUGCCCAGGGACGAAAGCAAGAAGCAAACAUACGACGUGGUGAGCAAGGAGGCCUUCCAGGCACGCCUGGAGGACUUCAGGCAGAAAAUAAGUUCGGAGGAGAGCAGCAUUUCCGAGGUGAUGGCGUGGUACACGAGCGUGAACGCCGCUAUGCUGGACCACCUGACUAAUCAGAUCAAGGAGACGGACAACAGCGGAGUGUGGAGGUAUCUGAUAGCCUUCAAGAAUCUCCUGCGGAGCAUCGAAAGCCUCGGUAUCGCCUCCGUGGAGGGGAUUAAUUACUUCGGCCGCGGUCUCCUUUUUGGCGACAACUACGUCAAUUAUGUUCGCCACGAGGCGUUGGGCCGCGACCUUCUGAACGCCGCCCUAACGUACGUGCCUUCCCUGAAGAAGUUUUACGAUGAACUUACGCGCACCAUGCCCGAGUACGACAAGAUCAAGGCAAGACGGGACGAGAUCCUGCGGAAUCAGAGGAGGGAAUCGAGCGUGGAAGACGCAAUCGCUUACUUCGACUCGAUGGCCACUUACAUCGACGAGCUGCGUAAGCUGCAGCGGGAAUUGCGUCACAUGAUAAGGGAUUACGUCAAUUCGACGUUACAAGACGCGAGCAACAAGGAAGUCGCGGGGAUCGCUAUCGUCGUUCUGGUCCUGGUGGUAUCCCCCAUCAUUAUCAUAUUGAUGCGCAACGCCGUCGCCACCAUUCAGAUGUAUGCCGCGAAUUUGGCUCAGAAGGCCCGCGAACUCAAACGCGAGAAGAGAAAGAGCGACACGCUGCUCUUCCAAAUGCUUCCACCUAGCGUUGCCCAACAACUCAAGCAGACUCAACAGGUACCAGCGGAGUAUUACGAGGCGGUGACCGUCUACUUCAGCGACAUAGUCGGCUUCACGGAGAUUGCCGCGGAGAACACGCCCCUCGAGGUGGUGACAUUCCUUAACUCGAUCUACAAGCUAUUCGAUGCGCGUAUCGAGUGCUAUGAUGUCUACAAGGUAGAGACUAUCGGGGACUCCUACAUGGUCGCUUCUGGUCUGCCCGUGAGAAAUGGUGACAAGCACGUGUCCGAGAUCGCCACGAUGGCGUUGGAUCUGCUGGCGGCUUCGUCCGUGUUUCAGGUGCCCAAACGUCCAGGUGAACGACUGCAAAUACGAAGCGGGGCUCACACCGGGCCCGUCGUGGCCGGUAUCGUCGGCAGCAAGAUGCCUCGUUACUGUCUCUUCGGCGAUACAGUGAACACCGCGAGUCGCAUGGAAUCGACCGGCGAAGCUUUGCGAAUUCACAUCAGCUUAGAGAUGAAGAAAGCACUCGACGCGGUGGGCGGUUUUAAAAUUGAACACCGUGGCCUUGUCGACGUGAAGGGCAAGGGCCUCAUGGACACGUACUGGUUAGAAUGCAAAGACGGCGGUAUCGCGCGCGCUGCCGAGCUUGAUCUGCCAUCGUUCUUCGAGGACGUGCGACCGGUCUUCAUGCGACGCCUACGUGAGGAGGGCCGCAAGAACCGGUUGUCCACUCCGAAUCUACACAUCACCCCCGUCAAGGCACCGCCGCAAUCGCAAUCGAGCAUCGAAUCCCAGGAUUCGGGCACCUACGAGUGUACCCGCUCGACCACCCCUUGUCCACCGAGUUACUCGCCCGCGAGUCAACGCAGCCGUUACUCGCAGCCAAACCUGCCGACCCUGCUGAUCUCGUACGAUCGGCGAUCGGGCGGCUCGCCAGACCGUCGCAUCCGCAUGUCACAGCCGACCCUCAACUCCAGCCUGAGCGGCAUCAAUUCGUUUAACUUCGUCGGCAUGCACCGCGGCAGCGCUGGCGGUCGUUUGUCUUACACCAGUCUGCGUGCCGCCUCGGGCGACAACAGCAUCAACGAGGAGGAGAGACUGUCGACACCAAACGUGCACGCCCUGGGUGGCAGCGGAAGCCCCCGUGGCAGCCUGACGAUGGAGCGGAGUUCGUCGCGGCUGUCGCAGCCGGACGUACGCCGAUUCAUUCUACGGCAAGAUAAACGCGAGCGACUGUCGCAGCCCACUCUCGUCACCGGCGAUUACUAUCCCGGUCGAACGCAGCAGCGACUAUCCCAACCUUGCCUCAGCAGCGGCGGAAUCAGCAUGCAUUCACCCUCGCCGCCACCCUACCCUCUCAAGCAUAAGAGAUUCGGACCCGCCGUCCUGCAGGCAAGUCAGCGCGACCGUCUGUCGCAGCUGGACAUCGGCGCCAAGUAUCGAAAUAUCAAGGACCUGGGAGGCGGCGGCGGCGGCGGCGGCGGUGGUGGCAAUCUCAGUGCCGCGCAGGUCAAAUUCAAUCGCGAUCGGUUCUCGAUACCGGAGCUGGAGACGCAGAACGACCUGCGGUUGAUCGCCGGCACGCCCAAACAGCGCUUCAGUUUGGACAGCCAACUGGCGAAGCAGCGCUUCAGCUUAGACAGUCAGGACAGCUGCAAGUCACGGCUGCUACCAAUCGCCAGCUCGCCGAUCUUUGAGCAUCAACAGAUGAAAACCGAGGAGCUCAUGGGGCUGACGUCUGACAGAUUAAAGAGUCCCACCUGCGAGGGUCUGCAGAGCGUGAUCGUCGCGAGCACGUCACCGAUCUUCCCACCCGGCGAGAGGCGAUUUCUUGCGCCUGACUUCCCAUUCACGGGCAGGAAACCGUCCAAGUCACCAUCGCCACCCAAGUCAGAGGUCUUCUCGUUCGCAAAGUCGGCGCGUUCCGGUAAACCACCACCGAUUCCAGUCCGGGAGAGAAUGUCAGUGCCGGAGAUCAGAAACUCGAGCUUGCGCCGACUGCUGGACCCGCCUGCCCGGCAGCGACAUAGCAUCGCCGGUGGUCUGAGGCAAUCGCUGCUGUCGCCGGUGAAGCUGCCAGAGUUCGGCACCGGUGGCAGGAAAUCGCCGCGAUACUCGAUCGACGACGCGCUCGAGAAGCUGAAGAGGAUCGAAAAGGAGGAGAAUCGACGGAACCAGGAGGCGAGCGAGAGGCAAGGAAUCAAGGAACAGGAUCAGCAACAGGAAAAGGAACCGAAGCACAUUCAGCGGCACUAUUCGUACACGUAUGAGACGCCCGGCAGCGACGAGAGCGGCAGCGCCUCGACGCUCGGCAAGCUGAGCGUUGGCGGAACGCCGAAGCGCAAGUUUCUCGAGAGUAAUUUUGACGAGAACGAACAGGUGAUCACGACGGUGAUCGAGACGGAGAUACCGAUGAUCUUGCCGAGCACGCCCGGCAAGUACGCGAAGAAAGCGCAGGCGUACUCGAGCGAUACGCCCAAGUGGAUCCGGAAGUACCUGGAGAACGAGAGUUCAAAGGUAGUAGGCAGAAAGACCUCCACCGACAAGGACCAGAUCGUUAGAUCGAAUAGCCGUAGAAGCAGCCGCAGAAAGAGUUCGCUGGAGUCGAUCGAGGCAAUGACGAAGAAGCCCGAAGAGAAGAAGGCACGCUCUAAGUCCGCCAGCUGCGAAGAGAGAAUUAUCAAGGACAUCGCGGAGCAAAAGGGCGUGAGAGAGACCUACGUGAGGAUCGUGCCGUCCAGUAACGCCCAGCAGGAGAAUAGAUACGAGGUCGGCGUGGAAACCACCGCGACCUCGUGGACGAAGACCGACGGUCGGGGUCUCUACGGCGACGACACCGACACAGACGAUUCCACGUCGAUUUAAACAAAGGCAGGAGGUUUCGCAUGUCACCGCCAUGAGAGGAAUCCUCGGUCUCGAUCACUCUGAUUGCCGCCAUCGCUAAACUGUUGAUCGGGUACGAUCGAUCUUGAAGAAACGAAGAGAAUCCAAUUAUUUUGACAAAUGCAUCUCGGAAAAAGCGUAAUGGAAAAUAUGUUACAGUCAUCUUGCAGAUUUUUUAAAAAACUACUUAAAAAAAUUUCAAUCAUAGUUUACGUCAUUGUAAAAAUUUAUAUUAAUAAUGAAAAUGAUUGGAGUGAUCAAACCAUGAUUCUUUAAAAUUUUGAACGGAUUCGUUUCGAUCAUCAUUGAAUUAUUAAUACACAUGCCAUUAACACUGGCUAUUGUUAUUUUCACAAGUAUAUCAAUUGGAAUAAUUAAUCAAAUAAUGCAUUUGAUAUCAAUUUAUUUGACUUAUUAAUUAUUCAACAAAAGUUCAGUAAAAAAUGUUAGAAGAAAAAUGUUUUAUUAGUAUUACAUCGAUACGGUCUCUUGAAUUUUCGGUUUGAGAAUUUCCGUCUACAAAUGAGGAUGCGAAAUUUAAAUAAGAAAUCUUGAAUCGGAAUAUCAUCGUUGUGUAAUAUAUUCAACAAGAAUCUUUCAGUUACAAUUUACACAGCUGUGUUACGUAAGGGACUGAAAAGAGAAUGUACACUGCGUGUACCUCAAAUCAGUGAAACGAGAAUAGCACAAGUCAGACCGCGAUCAAGGCAGACACGAGGAAGACCUAUAUACGCAAGGAAAAAGAAAUGAUCUCGAAUAGAAGUCUCCGAUAUUUUGUACUUAAUACGCUGCGCUCGACAUCUCAGCGGGAUAAAUCGGAAGUGAAAACCGAUUGCGGAUACCUAUUUUUGCACAAACAGAGAGGACCACGAUACGCGCGAUACUUCGCAUGCAUUCAGCCUAAAUGAUACUCAGAUCUGUGCUUCACUAACCUUCUCGAUUCCGAAAUGAUUUCUGCUUUGUAUAUAUCUCGAAUAACCAAGAGGGAAACCAGAAAGGAUAAUAUAGGGCGAUCGAAGAGACUCGCGAUACCGAAAAAUUUUCUUCUGAUCCUCAUCGUUAAAAUCGUACGACACAAUGAUCGUUGGAUUCCGUUCAUCAGAUCUUUGAUAUACGUGUGUUCCAAUCGAAUUUCCAAACAAUCGCGUGAGACCGUUCGAUCGUUUUGCAUAUAAUGUGUAUUUUGUGCACUAUUUUUAUCAAGCUUGUAGGGACUAAAUGUAAAGACAGUCACCUUGUACAUACAUCGAUGAAAAGAGUUAUAAGUUAUAAUAUACUGCUGGAUGUCGAUCGUUGCUGAAUUUAUGAGAUCAUUUAAUCGUCUUGAACGUACAAACUUUUCAUUUCUCGUUGAAAAAAUAUUUUUCGCUUGCAAAAACCGUGCCGGAUUUCCGUGAUUACAUAUUGUACUGUUAAUCACAAAAUCAAUUUAUUCAGGAUAAUGUGCAACGCGCGCGGGCGAAUGCUCGUUUUUGAUGAUACUAGUCAUUAUAACAUGAUUUUACGAGCAAUCGGAUAUAUAUGUAGGGUGCUUCUGAUAAAAUGCCUUUGCAAAGAUUUAAUUAAUAAUUAACAGAAGAAUAGAGUAUAUAUUCUUUUGGCAUUUGUGAUUUUUUUAUCUAAGUAAUUUUAUA